ACAGCCAAGGCCCGAACCCUCACCAUUUGAUCCAUCGCCAACCCCAGUGACUCCCUGCUUCCUCCUCAUGAACAAGCCCUCCUCCCCAGCUGUCCCCAUUCCCGGCUUCGGUAGUCAGGUGUGCCCUGUGGGCCAGCAGACCCACCUGAUACGAGAUCCCCAGGAGUGUGGUGGCAGCAUUGCCGAUAAAUCGGGUAAAUCGGUGGGCAAGUCUAACCAGUUUCUUGGUAAAAUCAGGAGUGCCGUCGGGAGCGCCCAGCUGCUCAUGUCCCAGAAAUUCCAGCAGUUUUACUGGCUUUGCCAACAGAAUAUGGACCCCAGUGCCAUGCCAAGGCCGACAUCACAGGACCUGGCCGGAUACUGGGACAUGCUGCAGCUCUCCAUCGAGGACGUGAGCAUGAAGUUCGACGAGCUGCACCAGCUGAAGCUCAAUGGCUGGAAGGUCAUGGAGUCGCCGGAGAGAAAGGAAGAAAGAAAGGUCCCCCCUCCAAUACCAAAGAAGCCCCCCAAAGGGAAAUUUCCCAUCACAAGAGAAAAGUCCCUGGACCUGCCCGACAGACAGCGCCAGGAGGCCCGGAGACGGCUCAUGGCCGCCAAGAGGGCCGCAUCCUUCCGGCAGAAUUCUGCCACCGAGCGGGCCGACAGCAUCGAGAUCUAUAUCCCCGAAGCCCAGACGCGGCUCUGAGGACGGAAGGAGGCCGCACUCCCUUUUCUGUUGUUUCUUUUUAGCAAAACGCCUGUACAGUUUAUUGCCUACCUGGUCGCUUUUGUCUCAUUUCCUCCUGACUCCGCCCUUGCUGUCGUGUUCCUUGUGCCAUACACACAGUGGAAUGCUAUUGAUUUCCUCAGAGUUUGCUGAGCUCGAGGCAAGAAGGACUCCUCUGGCUUUUCUAAAGAUGCCUGAUUUCGAUGGGCUCUGCGGACAGGCUUGGCGAGACCUGACUGCUCCUCCUUGUUCUCAGAGGACACGAGAAACGCCUCUCGAGAUGAAACCCAGCUCACAUUUUGUUAUUUCUAUUUUUAUAAAUUGUGUGAUAAUUAGAGGUAAGAAUAACAAAUAACUAUAAAUGGGUGCAUCUCACCACUCCCUAGAGGCAUUAGACAACCCACGUGGAAGGUGCUACAACUCGAAGUGCAGAAAAGAGAGACCCGUUCCCCUCCUGCCACAAGCUCCGUCCGUUCCCCGAGUCUGGGUGACCCGUCCGCCCAUCUCCGCCCGUCUCCACCCUCCCAGCCCUCUCUGUCACAAGUAAAAAGCAUUAGGCUUCUUGUGUCAAGUUUAUAGUGAUGAAAAGUGAUCUCUCCAGCCACCAAACUCCCUCCCACGUGGUUCUCCAAAACUCCAGGAGAUUGCAAGUCUGAACCCACUAAAAAUAUCCAGCACAGCAUUCACACAUUUCUAGAAAUAAGCUGAAUGUUCCCACCUGGCAGAGAUGUAUGAACAGAGACGGAGCCUUGGAGAAAGCUGGGAGGAUAAAGAGAGAAAAAAAAGUCCUUACUUCUAUGAAAUCAUUAUUAUAUUUUUUAUUUCUUUGUAACUUAAAAUAUCACACCCAGUGUUUUAAGUUUCAUCAUUUAUGCUACAUGUGAUUUUUUUUUUAAGUAUGUAUAUAUAUUCUCAAAUUGCUCUAUCAGCUGACUUUCCAGGGUAUUCUUAAAACAAAAAAAAGUUUGCUUGUUUAAAAUGACAGUUGUGAUGUUGUAAAAAGUUUAAGAAAUAUGAAUGUGAGUGGUAAGUACAUCUCAGUUUAAAUGGUAAAGAAGAAAUGCAGUUUACAUUUGUAUUUUUCCAGAAUUCUUUUGUCCUAUGCAGUAUUGCUAAAGUCAAGAAACUAUUUCUUGCCUGUGUUAGACAUGAAGGGAAAAAGAGGUCACAUAUUGUGAUUUCCAGCUGUGGAAUUUAAAAAAGUAAUUACUGCUCACGGCUCUGGUCGGCACCAGAGAAAAUAGGAACGGCUAACGAAUAGGCUUUCAUGUGUGUAAUUAAAUUUGGAUGCGGUAAUCGUUGUUCCAACAUGACUUCUGUAUGGCAAUUCAGAUGCGUCUUCAGAAGAAACGCCUAUUUGAUGUCUCCAUUUGAUCCCAAGUUCAGAGCUCUCCCUGUUACUCGAGGGAAAAGCAGGAUUGCGAUUUAAGAGAGGUGUUUCUUCCAAAACACUAGGUCUUCCUUCCCGUGGCUUUCAGGAGUCCCUGGUUACUCACAGGCAGAACGGCUCUGACUACCCGGUAGCACUUUGUUUUCUUACCCUGAUUCGCACUUUAAAAUGUACCCAGCUCCCUGCAGCCCGACACUUACCCGGAGCUCGCGAGGUUGCACCACUGGGCAUUCUGUAAGACUGCGGUGUUUCCUUUCUCAUCCUCUACAUUCCACUGAGCAUGGGUCCUUUGGGAGCAGAGUUGAUACUAAAGCAUGUUUAGCUUCAAAGUUUUACUUUUUUAAAGCUGAGUAGUUAAGAACUCCCUGUAAAACAAAACCCUGUAAAUUGAGCCUCCUAUCUGGUAUAUAUUUUACCAAACAGCCUUAAAAUAUAUUUGGAAGCAAAAAUCAGUACGAAUGUAUAUCCUUGAAAAAUGCAAAAAAAAAAAAAAAAAAUCCCUGAAAUAUUCUUCUAUAAAUGAAUCCUAUAUCCCCAGAGUGUUCAAAGCAUUUUUCUACCUAAAUAAAUACCUAAAUCCUGAGUAGUGUACAAUAAUGAUGCUUCUUCCUGUAUUCACUCUAGUAUGUUAAAAGCAAAUGUAUUUGCAAGUAUUGGCAUUUUAGAAUUUAAAAAUGAUGUAUCAUUUAAGAUGAACUGCUAUUUAGAAGUAACCACAGAAAAGCAAAGUCUGGUUAAAGAAAAUGUGGAAUGGACAUGUGCACGCCACCUAAUUACACUGGUGUAUCUACAGGCAGCUGAUGUGUAUAACUCAUUUCCUUGAAAUUAUACAAAACAUAUAAAAACAAAUUGUAACAUUAGACAACAAUUAUUUGUCUUAGAUCCCAGGUUCUAUGAUCCCAACUUGAAAGAAAAUAUUCACUAGAUGUAGAGUAAUUUUUUAUGUUUUUGUAUACUCACUUUUAUCUUAUAAUUCCCAAAAGUCUUGGCCUAAACCAUCCCCAGGUAAGCAAAGCAACCUACCACUACAUUGUACAGGGGCCCAGGACCUGAGGUUGUGAAUGUGUACAUUCCCCUGUAUGGCCCACCGCGUUCCAAAGAAGAUACUUUAAUGGUAGAAGGGAUACCUGCUGCUAACUCUGAUGGAGUGUUACCUGCUCAUGUUACAUAAUUAAGUGCAAUAUAUUCAGUUCUCAUGCAGGUGACAAUCUAUCAUGAAAUGCAGAAGAUAAGCCAUGUUAAUGUGUUGUACGUGUAAAGAAAAAUAAAACCGUUUAUGAUACUUGUGUUAUUCACUCAAGUUAGCUUAUUUCAGUCACUUCUAGCAGAUACAUAAUAUAGAGCAAUCACGUGAUCACUUCACCACACUUAAAAUAUAAUUUUAACAAAAGAUUAGACCUAAAUGUGAGAAUAUGGUUGAAAAUAAUAAUGCACGAUGUCUAGGAACAUCAUCAUGAAAGAAAAGGUGUUCUCUAUGACUCCACACCUGUAUUCCCUAAAGCUACAGUCAGUGACUGGUGACACCCAAACGCUCCUUUAGAAAUCACUUUCCUCACAGCCACAAGUAGGUGUCUUUGUGCUGGUGACUGUAGUUCACAAAACAAAACACAAGUAUAAUAAACAGGACCCUAGAGUUUAACCCAGGAAAGGAGAAUGCCACUUGUAAACAAAGAGUCUUUCAGUGUAAAUUCAUCUCACACAUCUUCAUCUGUUAUGGUUGUGUUUGAAUUAAAACUCGUUGUCAGUGACAAUUUUUACCAUAUUUUUCUCAGCAAACUCAUAUCACCAUCCUAGAAUGGUGUACAAAGGAUCUAACUGUUAAUGAUACCAAAAAUUACAUUUUUGUUUCAAAGGAAAUGUCGAUAUGUUCAACUCCAAAUCAAUUCUAAAGACUUCAAACAUUUAAUGAAAAGAUGUGUAUGAUCAGGAAAAAAUACAAAUUAUAUCUAAAGUUGUCUCUUUACAAAACAAAACAAAAGCAUAAAAAUCAGUGACCUGCAAAGUAGACAGAACUUCCCGCUGGCUCUCACAACCGUGACCACGUUUAUGAUGAGAAGACGACACGGUGUCAGCACACACGAGUGCACAGGUUUUGGACUUUUCUCUUGAUUGGGGCGGGAGGGCUGUCCUCCUUUGCCCAGUCUUGAUUUCUGCUUUUCAAGACCAUAGUGAGUUGCUGCUGCUCUCACCCCUUCAGUUAAAAGAGACUACAUUUGUAUUCCCUCAUCUCUGUUGCUUCUGGCAGAUAGUCACAGGCACCUUCACCCCGACCCAGGGCAGAAUCCUUGGAGUAGCCAGGCGCUUUUCCAAACCUAGGGUAGAGGUGCCCGUGGUGACCAUGAAGGCUGUUCAUAGGAAGAGCACUCUGGUUUAGGCCACACCCUCUGGUGGCACAUAGGGAGUGGGAGAGAUGGGUACAACCUUUCACCUGGAUUUUUCUAUUGGCAAUAGCUCGAUCAAAUCCAAAGCAGCCUACUAUGGCCCGGUGGAUGCAGGGGCCGGGGAACCUACAGGAGACAUAGCUCAUGCCUGAGCUGCUUUCAGGAAUAGUCGUCAACCUCGCUCAAAAUGCUAACAAUUUCCCUAGAAUAUUCAGUCCAACGUGCCCUGUGCAGUUCAGCAUGGGCUGACCAAGAUCAUCAGCAGGACCUUCCUUAUUGGUGACAGUGGAUCCCUCCAUGAAUCUGAGAGGGCGAGGCAGCAGGAAACAAGUAAAAGGAUAUGUUCCAAUGCAAACGUAGAAAGGGCACCUAGACCCACUCAUGGCCUACCCUUCUGAAACAGGGAUGGUGCUGCCUCAAGCAUAGAAACAAGUUCCUCCAAAAUGGUCCCAAGUGGCUACAUUCUGUGUAUGUCAUGUGUGCUCAUCUUCCAGCCAUCGUCUUCUCAAGGUUUGAACUUUUUUUUUUAACUGCAAAUCUAACAUGCUAGUUAAGACAGUGGUUUUCAAACUGUGCACCCUUAGAAGUCUCUGAGCUUCUCUUUUUUUUAAUCUGCAUGUCUGUUUAUACUUCUUUGUAGGCGUGGGUUGAAUACAGUGUUCCAAAACUUGAAAAUAAAAUAGAAAAUCACAAGCUUAAGCUAUCAAGAUUAUAAUCUGUUUCUGAUGAGUAAGUGUCUUUGACUUGGUGGGCUGGAGGAAUGGGAUCAGCUUGGUCCAGUCCACACUCCAUCUGAACAGAGGCAAGAGACCCAUCCUGUCGCUAUCUGCUGAGAGCCACAACAGGCCCAAGGAUAGGGCUUGCUCUCACACACUGUCAGUUAAAUGCCUCUGGCAUGGGGGCUGCAGAGUAUUUCUGAAACACAGGAGAUGUUGCCAGGAGACUCCAGGCACCUGGUCGGGCAGCCUGCCCUUCUUGUGUCUCAGUGUUCUCCUCCAUAAAAGGGAUUACAGUUCCUGUCCUUGUCCCCUCACAGAUGCACUGUGAGGAUUAAUGACAUAUUGACUCUAAAGUCCUCUGAGCCCUGGAGGCAGGUGGGAGAGUGUGAGUUAUUGUCAAGGAUUAGGGCUCUGGCCUCUCCUAGCAUGCUGUUCUCUCGGCUCUCAUGGGACGUCACAAAGGUCUAGGCAGGUCACAGAUGUCUCAAAGAGGAUCAAGACCACCAGCGGCAGAGGCAAUGAGACUUGCUUUGGAAAUGGAGAAAUAACUACAAGGGUAUUCUCCUUUUUUCUUUUUCUUUUUUCUUUUUUUUUUUGGCUUUGAUUUCAAGUGUUUCUAGAUGCUUUCAAGAACAACCCAGCACCAAGAAAUAUGGCCUAAAAUUAGACCAUAUUUUCACCUAACUCAGCUGCCUCUUAGAGAAAAUGAAGAGAUAUUAAACUAAAUAUUAAAGUAAACAAGAACAAAAAUAAUAUGGAAGCAGAAAAUGGUACAUAUGGGAGAUACCAAGAAUCAACCAAAACCGCCCCAGGUUUGUGAAACCUACUCCCCUAAUUCCAGCUUUCUAUAAUUACUCUAUUUCACACUUCAGAGAAUGUGGAAGUGGUCCAUGGGAACGCUCUGAGAAAUAACCAUCUUUCAUCCUUGCCACGCUGAAAAAGGCCCAUAAUUUUCCGAAUUGCUGUCCUCACCCUGGCGUUUUUAUCCAGUGUUAAAUGAAAUUAUUUCAAGUUUCAAUCUAAACACUUGACAGGUGACUUAUUUGCAGAGGAAAUGUUGGUUACCUACUAUAAAACUAUUUUAUAAAAAGAUUUUGUAUAUACACAAACUAGGGUAACAGAGGUUUACCUCCCUACUUUCCUAGAUUUUAUGUGACUCUUUUCAUUGGUGCUUAGUCCAAACCUGAAAGACUUGGGCGUCCAAGCUUUUAUACUCGGUGGCGAAGAAGCGAUAACAAAAUAUUUGCACCAGGUUCCUUGUACAAUCUAGGUACAAAUGUCUCUCCUUCAGAUAGACCAUAGCGUGCAUUGAUUCACGUCUGCUAGCAGAUGGGGGAAGUUCCAGGACUGGCUGUGGUACUUUCCAGAAGCCACUCACCCAUUCUUGUUACCCCUCGUCACCACCACGACCAGGCCCAUUUUACGAUAUGAUCGUAUUACUUCCCAAGGGCUCUGCAUGAAUGUCUCCCUCACGCCACUUCCUAACCAGUUUGCUGAAUUCCAAAAGGUUUCCUCUUCGGAGUAGUGAGACCUAGGCUGCUUUUGAACUCUCAUUUCGAGUGACGAGUCACUUGACUCUCUUAUGGGCCUUCCCUGCAGAAAGACACGACUCAUUCACCCCUUCUCAUACUAUAUGCCAAAAUACCCAGGUGUGGCCUAAGGACUAAACUAAAUGCCUCCUGUAGAAAUUCAAGGAAUGUUAGUACCAGGACACUAGCUGUUUAGUUAAAGUUUUUUUUUUAAGUAUAUAAAUAUAUAUGUAUAAAUAUACAUAUGAAAUCAUAUCAGCAAUGAGGAUGAACAGAGUGCCAAAUAUUCCACAUAUGUACAGAGUUCCAACUUCACUGGAAUUAAACUAUUUUAUGUAAUUCUCUUUCUUAUGCUUUUCUGGUUCUUUGGAUAAAUUCUCUUUAGUAGCAUGCCGGGUACCCAAUCUGAAUAUACAGUACGCUACUCACCACCACAGCAACUUGCUGUUUCUUCUUCAUAAUCAGAAUGUCGGUCAUUCCUUUAAGGCAUUGAAGGAUUGCUUGAUUUGAGUUAUCUUUUUCCACAACUUCUUUUCACUCGCAGCUGACUGGGAGAAAACCGCACUCACCAUUCGCUCCAUGGCUCUCCUAUGAUGAUGCCGCCUCAAUUCAGUUUCUGUACUGCUGAUGUUCGCCUCCUGUAAAUAGUUCUACAAUUAAAUUUUUUGAGAAAAGUGA